AUGAACAUAUUCACACUGGGGAGAGGCCUUACAGUUUGUAAAGCAACGUUCAGGACAACAUCAAAUCUGCGUAAGCAUGAACAUAUUCACACUGGGGAGAGGCCUUACAGGUGCGAAUGUGAUGUAUGCAGCAAAUACUUCUCUCAUUCAAGCGAUCUGCUAGUACACAAACGUAUUCACACCGGGGAGAAGCCUUUCGCGUGCACGGUUUGUAAAGCAUCGUUCAGGACAUCAUCAAACCUUCGCAAAACAAAUCAGAGAGUUGCACAUCGACCUCCGUUCAAGUGUGAUGUAUGCAGCAAAUACUUCUCUCAUUCAAGCGAUCUGCUAGUACACAAACGUAUUCACACCGGGGAGAAGCCUUCCGCGUGCACGGUUUGUAAAGCAACGUUCAGGACAUCAUCAAACCUUCGCAAGCAUGAACGUAUUCACAAUGGGGAGAAGCCUUACAAGUGCAAGAUUAGCGAUCAGCAGAAGGAAUUUUGGACAAGAGUGAUAGCUUUCAAGUGCUCUGGUCUGUGUGAUCUCGAUUUGCGAUCAGCAGAAGGAAUUUUGGACCAGACUGAUAGCUUUCAAGUGCUCUGGUCUGUGUGA